AUGUGGAAAAACAUGGCAUAUGUAACAUAAAUGUAGUAACCUCCUUAAAAGCCAGCCUGUAGGCCUUUAUUGAAAAUUUCUAGUCUAAAUCUCUCUAAACAGUUUGGUGGAGCCUAUUGUCAGCGUUGCCUACGUUUGCCUAAUUGAGUCCAAGAAAAUGGACCGUAAUCCUGUAUUUUCUCAAGGAACUAAAAGAUUGUUGAAAAAUUAUAUUCGCCACACCGAUACACAUAAUAGGAUUCAAGAAGAAAAUGAUAUGUGGAAACAAUAUGAGAAAUCAAAACAAGAUGAGUCGAGAAAAUUUACCCCCAGAUCUCAGAAAUCAUAUCUAGAAGACAAGAGAGAUGAUAUGAAUGAUGCUAGAUAUAAAAUGAAAAGUCGUAGUGCUCACAUGGAUGACAGUAGAGAGGCUACCAGUACUUAUUGGAUGAGACAGCUGGAAAAAACAGAGGCUGUAGACCCUGAAAGAUGGGGUCAUAGUGGUUUUAAAGAGAUGUAUCCUGCAGAUUUUGAUAGUGAUAGAUCAGACCAGGAUUCCUCUUCCUCUUCUUCCUCUUCAAGUUCUUCUUCUAGUUCAGAGGAAGAGAGGAGAAAAAGGAAAAAGAGAAAGAAGAAAAAAAGACAAAAGAGGAAAGUUGAAUUGGAAUGGGUAGAAAGUGAAUCUAUUAAAUCAAGCAGAAAUAAUACAGACAUAAAUAACAGAAAAACAAAGAAAAGAAAAUCUGAUCAAUUUGAUAAUAAGUCUGAUAAUGAAACUCCAACAAAACGUGUGAAAAAACAUAAACAUUCAGACAGGCACAAAAAGAAAAAGAAACAUAAAAAGCAUAAGGAUUAGAAAAAUGAAUAAAUGAAAGAAUGAAUGAAUGAAUAAUGGAAAUGAAUGAAUAAAUGAAAUUUUAAAUAUUUU